UUCAUCGAAGACAGACAGACAGACAGACAGAGAGACAGACAGACAGACAGAGAGACAGACAGACAGACAGACAGACCAACCAGAGACCACUAUGUUAGUAGUAGUCAUCAGAGACAGACAGACAGACAGACAGACAGACAGACAGACAGACAGACAGACAGACAGACAGACAGACAGACAGACAGACAGACAGACAGACAGACAGACAGACAGACAGACAGACAGACAGACAGACAGACAGACAGGCCAGUGACCACUGUCUCAGAGUUCAGACCAGGGUCGAGGAGCUCUCUGCUCAGUCGUUCUCUCUGCAUGGUUAACUCCUCUCCUCCCUCCAUCAGGACAUUCUAUCGCUUCGAGGCUGCCUGGGACAGUGCCAUGCACAACUCCCUCCUCCUGAACCGUGUCACUCCCUACGGAGAGAAAAUCUACAUGACCUUGUCGGCCUACCUAGAGGUAACAUAUGAUAUAGUUAUAUACAGUAUAUAGUAUAUCAUUGUAUAUAGUGUUAUAUAAAUGACCUUGUUGGCCUACCUAGAGGUAGCAUAUUAUAUAGUUUUAUAUAUCCUGGACUUCCUGACGGGCCACCCCCAGGAGGUAAGGGUAGGUAACAACACAUUCGCCACGCUGAUCCUCAACACGGGGGCCCCUCAGUGAUGCGUGCUCAGUCCCCUCCUGUACUCCCUGUUCACUCAUGACUGCAUGGCCAAGCACGACUCCAACACCAUCAUUAAGUUUGCCAAUGACACAACAGUGGUAGGCCUGAUCACCGACAACGACGAGACAGCCUAUAGGGAGGAGGUCAGAGACCUGGCCGUGUGGUGCCAGGACAACAACCUCUCUCUCAACGUGAUCAAGACAAAGGAGAUGAUUGUGGACUACAGGAAAAAGAAGAGGACCGAGCACGCCCCCAUUCUCAUCGACGGGGCUGUAGUGGAACAGGUUGAGAGCUUCAAGUUCCUUGGUGUCCACAUCACCAACAAACUAUCAUGGUCCAAACACACCAAGACAGUUGUGAAGAGGGCACGACAAAACCUAUUCCCCCUAAGGAGACUGAAAAGAUUUGGCAUGGGUCCUCAGAUCCUCAAAAGGUUCUACAGCUGCACCAUCGAGAGCAUCCUGACUGGUUGCAUCACUAACUGGUAUGGCAGCAGCUCAGCCUCCGACCGCAAGGCACUACAGAGGGUAGUGCGUACGGCCCAGUACAUCACUGGGGCCAAGCUUCCCGCAAUCCAGGACCUCUAUACCAGGCGGGGUCAGAGGAAGGCCCUAAAAAUUGUCAAAGACUCCAGCCACCCUAGUCAUAGACUGUUCUCUCUGCUACCGCACGGCAAGCGGUACCGGAGCACCAAGUCUAGGUCCAAGAGGCUUCUUAACAGCUUCUACCCCCAAGCCAUAAGACUCCUGAACAUCUAAUCAAAUGGCUACUCAGACUAUUUGUAUUGCCCCCCCCCCCCCCCCCCCCCUUUUACGCUGCAGCUACUCUCUGUUUAUUAUCUAUGCAUAGUCACUUUAAUAACUCUACCUAUAUGUACAUAUUACCACAAUUACCUCGACUAACCGGUGCCCCCGCACAUUGACUUGGUACCGGUACCCCCUGUAUAUAGCCUCGCUAUUGUUAUUUUUACUGCUGCUCUUUAAUUAUUUUUCACUUUUAUUUCGUAUUAUUUUAUAUAUUUUUAUAUAUUUUUUUGCAUUCUUUCAUAAAACUGCAUUGUUGGUUAAGGGCUUGUAAGUAAGCACCCUAGUCAUAGACUGUUCUCUCUGCUACCGCACGGCAAGCGAUACCGGAGCGCCAAGUCUAGGUCCAAAAGGCUCCUUAACCGCUUCUACCACCAAGCCAUAAGACUCCUGAACAGCUAAUCAUGGCUACCCAGACUAUUUGCAUUGUCCAUUUUUUACUAAAUACUUAUUUUUCUUAAAACUGCAUAGUUGGUUAAGGGCUUGUAAGUAAGCAUUUCACUGUAAGGUCUACACCUGUUGUAUUCGGCGCAUGUGGCAAAUAAAAUUAGAUUUGAUUUGACUUAAUGUAUCAGUGAUGAUCCCUGCUCUUAGACCUAACAUACAGUACUGUAUCCAAAAUGACCCCUACUGUAUUCAACUGCCUGUAUCUGAUGUUAUGAUCUAAAUUAGCUUUUGAUCCUUUUCCUUUCUGUAGAUGGAGAACUGCACUCAGCCCACAGUCAUAACCAAAGAUUUCUGCAUGGUGUUCUGCUCUCGAGACGCUAAACUCCCGACCUCCCGAUCCAUCCGAAACCUGUUUGGCACCGGAAGCCUGAGGACAGCAGAGGGGUGAAUUAAACAUCUAUUAUUAUUAUUAGCAGAAACAAUAUUUUCUUCUUUUGCAUUCCUGAAUGAUGAUUAUUAAAUCAAUUACCUUGAAAUAAACCAUAAAAUCAAGUCUGUUACUGUUUAUCUCACCACAGUAACGCCACAGUCCUUUGUGCGUGGUUGCAUUCCUGAAAGAUGGUGGUUAAAUCAAUGACCAUGAAAUGAACCCAGAGUUGUGUCUGUCUGCUGUUUCUUUCUCUGUCCAGUAACCGGGUGACAGGUGUGUACGAGGUCAGCUUGUGUCACCUGGCGGAUCAUGGGAGCCCAGGUGAGACACUUUCUCCUUUGAGCUUCCCCUUUGUCUGUGUUUCUACAACUCUUUCUCAAUUCAUCUUCUUGCCUCUUUCUCAAAAUGCAUUGGAGGAGAAGGUCCGAAGGGGAGAGGGACUGUAGUGUAUUAAGAUUAUGACUUUGUUAAUGGUUUUAAGUGGAACCUGAGAGGAUGUUUAUUUUAGUGUCAAGAGGGAAUUGUUUUAGUGUGACGCCACAUACAACAGACAGGAAGUGUGUGUUGUAGACAGGGGAUUGGACAGUAGAGGGAGCCACCCAUAUCUUGGGAAGAUUAUAUAUACUGGGUAAAAACGAAGAAGAGGUUAGAGCGGCCAUUGCAAUCUGGGACGCCGCUCUCCGGGUGGUCAUGACACCUGUAAAACUUAUGCUGGAAUCUUGUGAUAUGAAUAAAACUUAUGAUCAAGGGUUCAGUAUGAGCGGACUCCUUUGUUUAUCAGCAAUGACUAGCAACUUUGACUCGAUACUACAGGACCUUGGACCUUUUUCUCCAAAACGGUUUAAAAGGAGACAAGAUGCAAAGAAUCCAAACAAAACUGAGACAGAUAAAGCGUAUUUCUGCCUGACCCCUGACCUCUUUCACCACCCCGCAGGAAUGCAGAGGAGACGUCGGCGGGUGCUGGACACCUCGGUGGCGUACGUCCGCGGGGAGGAGAACCUGGCUGGGUGGAGACCUCGCAGUGACAGCCUCAUCCUGGACCACCAGUGGGAACUGGAGAAACUCAGCCUCCUACAGGAGGUGUGUUGUACUACCCCCUACACAUUUACGGCAUUUAGCAGACGCUCUUAUCCUACACCUACCACCUAUUGCCAUACACCUAUUACCCUACCACCUACAACAGAUAAUUAGGAAACGGAGGACCGAAAACCCGAAAAAAGAUGCAGAACGAAAAAGAAAAAGCACAACAACGAAACGAGGAGAAAAGGAACAAAAAAAAAAAGAAAAAAACAGAAAAAAAAAGAAAAAGAAAAAAAAAAAACAGAGAAAAGAAAAAAAAGAAAAAGAAAAAGAAAGAAAAAAAAAAGGACAAAACAAAAAAGAGAAAAAAAAAAAGAAAAAGAAAAAAAAAAAAGAACCAAAAACAAAAAGAAAGGGAAAAAAAAAAAAAAGGAAAAAGAAACCCCCCAAAAAAAAAAAACCCAACCAAAAAAAAAGGACCCAAAGAAAAAACCUAACCCAAAAAAACCAAAACCCAGAAAAAAAAAGAAAAAAAAACCCCAAAAAAGAAGAAAAAAACCCAAAAAACCCCAAAAAGAAAAACCCCAAAAACCCAAAAAAAGGGAAAAAAAAAAGAAAAAAAAAGAAAAAAAAAAAGAAAAAAAGAGAAAAGAAAAAAGAAAAAGAAAAGCAAGAGAAAAAAAAAGAAAAUAAAAAACCCAAAACGAAAAAAAAAAGAAAACCCCAAAAAGGGGAAAAAAAAAAGAAAAGAAAAACCCGAAAAAAGAAAAAGAAAAAAAAAAAAGAACCGAAAAAUAAAAAAAAGAAAAAAGAAAAAAGGAGAACCCCAAAAAAAAAAAAACUAAAAAAACAAAAAAAAGAGAAAAGAAAAGAAACCAAAAAGACCCAAACCCAAACAAAAAACAAAAAACAAAAAAAAAGAAAAGACCCAAAAAAAAAACCCAAACCAAACCCCAACACAAACCCGAGAACCAAAACAAAAACAAAACCCAAAAACCCCAACCCAAAAAAAAAAAACCCCAAACCAAAAAAAAAACCUAUACCCCCUAAACAAUUUCCCAAUAACCCCCAAACCCAUACCCUAACCCUAUACCCUAACCUAUACCCUAACCUAACCCUUACAAACCCCAUACCCCCCUAUAAACCCCAACCCUACACCCCCAAAACCCAACUUAACCCCAAAACCAACCUUACCCCCAAACCCCAUCCUAACCCCAAAACCAACCCCUUACCUACCCCUAUUCCCCCUACACCUACCUAUACCCUACAACUAGACUACAACUUGACCCUACACCCUACUACCCCUACACUCUACUACAUCUAUACCCUACACUCUACUACAUCUAUACCCUACACCUAGAGACAUCAAGAUGAUAAGACUGGGUGGAACUACAUCUAGGGCCAGAUUUCUAGACACAGGGUGGAAUAGGGUAAGGUAUAGGGUCUAGGGUAUAGGGUAAUCUGAUUUCUAGACACAGAUCAAACCUAGUCCUAGACUAAAAAGCAUGUUCAGUGGAGCGUUCAUCAUGUGGUAAAAACUGGCCCCCAGAGUGUAGACGACAGAGUGUAGUUUAAUAAACAAGUGAAUGGUUGAAGGCUGCUUCUUAACCGUGUACUGUAUGUGUAUAUCCAUGUACUGUUGUGGUGUAUGUUCAUCCGGUUUGAUGUGUUCUAGGUGAAAACGUGACACUACUUGCUCCUGAGUGUUAGGGUCAAUUAGUUCGUUAGAUAUUUAGUUAGUUAGUAGUUAUAGUUAGUUAUGGUGUUUAUCUGUUUCAUUCAGGUGGUGAAAACAGACACUACUUGCUCCUGAGGGUUAGGGUUAGUUAUUAGUUAGUUAGUUAGUUAGUUAGUUAGUUAGUUAGUUAGAUAGAUAGAUAGAUAGAUAGAUAGAUUAGAUAGAUAGAAGAUAGAUAGAUAGAUAUAGAUAGUAGAUAGAUAGGGAUAGGUAGUAGUAGUUAGUAGUCUGGUUUUUUUCGUUCAGGUGGAGAGGAGAAACCGAGGACACCUACCUACUCCUGAGGGAGAAGCUAGAGUCCACCCUGCUGCUGGGUCAGGAAGGGUUGCUGUCCUGUGUGUCUGCGGAGCAGAGUGAGUCCCCUCAGCCUUCCGAGGGCCACGCCCAGGACCUCAGCCUCAGCCACACAGCUGACGCCCCCAAUGAGAGGCAGAGGGAGCUAGCCGCUAAGGUCAGUGUCUCUUCUUUAAAAAAAAAAAAACUAGUCGAAUUUAGUUGUAACCUUGUUGCUUAAAUUUUUCCCAUUCUUCCUUGCGUGCAUACCCGGGGGAAGAUGUUUUGACUUUCAUUGCAUGCAUGUGGUCCUCUGUAGCUCAGCUGGUAGAGCACGGCGCUUGUAACGCCAAGGUAGUGGGUUCGAACCCCGGGACCACCCAUACACAAAAAAAUAUGUAUGCACGCAUGACUGUAAGUCGCUUUUGGAUAAAAGCGUCUGCUAAAUGGCAUAUUAUUAUUCAUGUAUAAUUGCGUUUGCGUGGUGGCAUACAGUUGAGCAGAUACAUUUGUUGGAUUUCUACACGUGUGGAUUAUUUUGUUGUUGCAUGGUCUGGAAAAAAUAUAGCUUUUAAUAAACACAUUUCAUGCAAUUAUACAUCAUUUACAUGAUAAAAGAAAUUAGCAGAGUAUUUUUCAAUACCACACAAAUGGCCAAAAUGCAGGCUACUGUGAAACUUGAUAUUCAGGUAGGAUGCAAGUUUGUAACUUUUUUUUCUUUCUUUUUUUCGUAUUUAUAAUAAUUAGUUUUAUCAUUAUUAUUCUUGUAUAUCAUUGUUAUUAUUGUAGGCCUAUUUAAUAAUCUAAACCAGUUCUUUAAAUAUGCUAAACGUGUUUUGUUUCAUUCUGUUGAGACAUUUUCGUUGGCUAAAUUAAGUUCGAUCUGUCUUUUUAAUUGCGUGCUCCGUAUUUAGUUUAAGAUAGGUUAUAAGUAUCCUAGGCCUUCUGUAAAAUAAAUGUAAUUAGCCUAUUGCUGUCAUUUGUUGCAUACGUUAGGCACUACCCUUUCUUGGUAAUUGCUGCGAUCUAGCCUGUUCAAAACUUUUGUGAAGGUUUAAACCGGUUCUCAAGUGUUUUUUUUAUAUAUUCUGUUGAGCCAUUGUCUUUGGCCAAAAAUACUGUAAUGCUGUGUUUGCCGCGAUAUAACAUCCUGCUGGUAUUUUCCCCUGUAAACAAUGACUUGACUUACUUUAGAUAUGACCUUAAUAAAGUUAAGCAACUUUUAUGAAGGUUUGGUGAGGUGUUACUAUUAUUAGGGUUAGCUACUGCAGGCCAAUGAAAGCGGUACGCACCGGCGCUCCAACUCACUCCCACAGUUGGACUUGAGGUGAGGAAGACUGUUUCAGGCCUACCGGAGUCACUCCUUUAAUCUAACAAUAUAAUGCUUAUCUUUAUUUUUUAAAAACGUUCUGAUAGAAAAAUAGAGAAUUAGGCUCCUUCUUUACUCAUGGGUGGAUUGGGCCGUCUGGCAAUUCUGCCAAAUGCCAGAGGGGCCGGACCAUCUUUUAUUAGGGUGGGCUGGCCGAACCAGUCAAAAGUUUGGACACACCUACUAAUUCCAGGGUUUUUCUUUAUUUUUACUAUUUUCUACAUUGUAGAAUAAUAGGGAAGACAGGUGUGUCCAAUCUUUUUACUGGUACUGUAUAUAUAUAUAUAUAUAUUAUAUAUUAAUAUAUAUAUAUAAAUAUAAAUAAAUAUUUAUAUAUACAUUAAAUCAUACCACACACACAUACAGGCUACAGAAUAAACAGUGACACUGACUCACCCAAUGAUGAAAAUGUGGAUGAAGAUGAAGCAUGGGUGAUGUGGAUGAAGAUGAGGCAUGGGUGAUGUGGAUGAAGAUGAAGCAUGGGUGAUGUGGAUGAAGAUGAGGCAUGGGUGAUGUGGAUGCAGAUGAAGCAUGGGUGAUGUGGAUGAAAAUGAAGCAUGGGUGAUGUGGAUGAAGAUGAGGCAUGGGUGAUGUGGAUGCAGAUGAAGCAUGGUGAUGUGGAUGAAGAUGAAGCAUGGGUGAUGUGGAUGAUGUUAAAGCAUGGGUGAUGUGGAUGAAGAUGAGGCAUUGGUGAUGUGGAUGCAGAUGAGGCAUGGGUGAUGUGGAUGAAGUUAAAGCAUGGGUGAUGUGGAUGAAAAUGAAGCAUGGGUGAUGUGGAUGAAGAUGAAGCAUGGGUGAUGUGGAUGAAGAUGAAGCAUGGGUGAUGUGGAUGAUGUUAAAGCAUGGGUGAUGUGGAUGAAGAUGAGGCAUGGGUGAUGUGGAUGCAGAUGAGGCAUGGGUGAUGUGGAUGAAGUUAAAGCAUGGGUGAUGUGGAUGAAAAUGAAGCAUGGGUGAUGUGGAUGCAGAUGAAGCAUGGGUGAUGUGGAUGAAGAUGAAGCAUGGGUGAUGUGGAUGAUGUUAAAGCAUGGGUGAUGUGGAUGAAGAUUAGGCAUGGGUGAUGUGGAUGCAGAUGAGGCAUGGGUGAUGUGGAUGAAGUUAAAGCAUGGGUGAUGUGGAUGAAAAUGAAGCAUGGGUGAUGUGGAUGAAGUUGAAGCAAGGGUGAUGUGGAUGAAGAUGAAGCAUGGGUGAUGUGGAUGAAGCAUGUGUGAUGUGGAUGAAGUUAAAGCAUGGGUGAUGUAGAUGAAGAUGAGGCAUGGGUGAUGUGGAUGCAGAUGAAGCAUGGGUGAUGUGGAUGAAGAUGAAGCAUGGGUGAUGUGGAUGAAGAUGAAGCAUGGUUGAUGUGGAUGAAGAUGAGGCAUGGGUGAUGUGGAUGCAGAUGAAGCAUGGGUGAUGUGGAUGAAGAUGAAGCAUGGGUGAUGUGGGUGAUGUUAAAGCAUGGGUGAUGUGGAUGAAGAUGAGGCAUGGGUGAUGUGGAUGCAGAUGAGGCAUGGGUGAUGUGGAUGAAGAUGAAGCAUGGGUGAUGUAGAUGAAGAUGAAGCAUGGGUGAUGUGGAUGAAGAUGAAGCAUGGGUGAUGUGGAUGAAGAUGAAGCAUGGGUGAUGUGGAUGAAGUUGAAGCAAGGGUGAUGUGGAUGAAGAUGAAGCAUGGGUGAUGUGGAGGAAAAUGAAGCAUGGGUUAUGUGGAUGAAGCAUGGGUGAUGUGGAUGAAGUUAAAGCAUGGGUGAUGUGGAUGAAGAUGAGGCAUGGGUGAUGUGGAUGCAGAUGAAGCAUGGGUGAUGUGGAGGAAGAUGAAGCAAGGGUGAUGUGGAUGAAGAUUAAGCAUGGGUGAUGUGGAUGAAAUUAAAGCAUGGUGAUGUGGAUGAAGAUGGGUGAUGUGGAUGAAGUUAAAGCAUGGGUGAUGUGGAUGAAGAUGAAGCAUGGGUGAUGUCGAUGAAGAUGAAGCAUGUGUGAUGUGGAGGAAAAUGAAGCAUGGGUGAUGUGGAUGAAGUUAAAGCAUUGGUGAUGUGGAUGAAGAUGAAGCAUGGGUGAUGUCGAUGAAGAUGAAGCAUGUGUAAUGUGGAGGGAAAUGAAGCAUGGGUGAUGUGGAUGAAGUUAAAGCAUGGGUGAUGUGGAUGAAGUUAAAGCAUGGGUGAUGUGGAUGAAGUUAAAGCAUGGGUGAUGUGGAUGAAGUUAAAGCAUGGGUGAUGUGGAUGAAGAUGAAGCAUGGGUGAUGUGGAGGAAAAUUAAGCAUGGGUGAUGUGGAUGAAGAUGAAGCAUGGGUGAUGUGGAUGAAGAUGAGGCAUGGGUGAUGUGGAUGCAGAUGAAGCAUGGGUGAUGUGGACGAAGAUGAAGCAUGGGUGAUGUGGAUGAAGCUGAAGCAUGGGUGAUGUGGAUGAAGAUAAAGCAUGGGUGAUGUGGAUGAAGAUGAAGCAUGGGUGAUGUGGAUGAAGUUAAAGCAUGGGUGAUAUGGAUGAAGUUGAGGCAUGGGUAAUGUGGAUGCAGAUGAAGCAUGGGUGAUGUGGAUGAAGAUGAAGCAUGGGUGAUGUGGAUGAUGAUGAAGCAUGGGUGAUGUGGAUGAAGUUAAAGAUGGGUGAUGUGGAUGAAGUUAAAGCAUGGGUGAUGUGGAUGAUGAUGAAGCAUGGGUGAUGUGGAUUAAGAUGAAGCAUGGGUGAUGUCGAUGAAGAUGAAGUUGGGUGAUGUCGAUGAAGAUGAAGCAUGGGUGAUGUGGAUGAAGAUGAAGCAUGGGUGAUGUGGAUGAAGAUGAAGCAUGGGUGAUGUGGAUGAAGAUGAAGCAUGGGUGAUGUGCUCGUGCCAUAUCUCAAGAUAAGUUACUUUGAAAAACAGUGCUGUUCGCUCACAAUCGCUCAUAAAUUGUUGAGAAAUAAAUGGUUAUCUUCUACAGACAAAUUAGGCUUGUCUUUUCAGCAGUAGGCAUUUGCUUUCCAAACGGUAGACCUACGUUUUUUCUCGUGAUUUUAUUUAGAAAUGUGUGAAAGGCAAACUCACAGCCUCAACCAACCAUAGAAAUGUAAUCCAUAGAUGGCAGUUCCCAUUAAAGUCAGGACUGGCAGCCAUUGCUAGUGUACCCAUGAGUUUAACAGCCAAAGGACCAGGGUUAGAGGUUCCAAAACCCUUCUAUGGAUUAUAUCUAUGGCCACAAUGCAACAAUCUGUUCUAUAUUUGGUGUGUGUGACUGCCCAAAUUGUGGCCUUCCAGUCUGUAAAACCUACAUAGACACGCUAUUGAUCCUUGGUAGCUAAAUUGUGCUCUCUGGUGUAGUAUUUUGAAUUAUUACUGUCUGUUCAGACAGGAGUAAUAUCAUUUUGGGGUAGUUCAAUUUAUCAGCUGCAGCACCCCUACUUCCUGUGGCUCAGGAAAUGGUUUCCUGUGUGAGUGACCCUUUUUAAACGUUAUCUGUCUGCCAAGUUAAGCCUUCUCCUCAGGGAACCGUUCUGAGUUUUCUGUAAAGCCCAUUGCUCUGAGACCUAAAGUGAUAGAGGUUUGUCUCUCUGUCACUCACCAGUGCCUGCGGCUGCUCUCCCACUCCUUCAACAGAGAGUACAGCCACGUGUGCGUCAGCGCCAGUGAAGGCAAGGUGGGCUUCCUCCUGUGUCACUUCACUAUGAUGCUUUUCAUGUCUGUAUACUGUUUGAAGUACUUAGAUAUGAGUGGGGAUAUGACGUGUUCAUUUUUCUCAGUGAACUUUUUCCAGACAAGUGUUUUGACAUGCUGUAUAUGUGUGUGUGUGUGUGUGUUUGUGUGUGUACAUGUGUGUGUUUGUGUGUGUGUUUGUGUGUAUGUGUGUGCGUGUGUUUUGACAUGCUGUUGUGGUGUGUGUUUCCAGCUGUCUGAAAUGUCAGUGACUCUGCUGAGGGAGUCGACCUCUGCCACGACCCUCAACACCCUCACCCCCUCCUCGACGUGGCCCUCACUGGUGGAGGGAUGCUACCCCAAGACUGAAGCGCUCAGGUCAGUAACAACACACUUCUGCUGCCAUUACACACAACACCAACAGACUCAGGGCUGCUAUGGCAACACUAAUCUCUUGUGGAUGGUUUCACGUAACAUAGGAUGGUUUUGGAAUGCGAGGACUAACGAGGAACUUUGUUUUCCGGGGGCGCAGAUUCUUUCAAAAUCAUGAUUCUGCAGGGUUUUUUCGCGUUUCAGAAGGGGAGGGGAUAUUUGGCUCAAGCUUUAUCUCCCCAGCACAUAAUACAGCAUCUGACAAAAUUAUUAGAUUUUAGUUCUGGGUUUCUGAGAUUAUGGCAUGACUGAACUCAGAUCAGACCUAAGAUACCUCUGUCCUGCCACCACACGCAACACCUACAGACACCUACCAGAGGAGGCUGGUGAAGGGAGGACGGCUCAUAAUAAUUAAUGGAUGGAAUGGAAUGGAGUAAAUGAACUAGUAUCAAUCACAUGGCAAACCAGGUGUUUGAUGCCAUUCCAAUUAUUCCGCUCCAGCCGUUGCCAUGAGCCGGUCCUCCCAAUUUAAACCGGCCAUCACUGACACCUACUGUGUCAGCAGGUAGCUUAGUGGUUAAGAGCGUUGUGCCAGUAACAGAAAGGUCGCUGGUUCUAAUCCCCGAGCCGACUAGGUGAAAAAUCUGUCGAUGUGCCCUUGAGCAAGGCACUUAACCCUACUAAUUGCUCCUGUAAGUCGCUCGGGUUAAGAGCGUCUGCUAAAUGACUAAAAUGUAAAAUGUACUGUGACCUGCUAUGUAUUGCACUCACAGUUGGAAGUGUACAUGGUUGUCAGUAUGCCUUCUAGCCACCACCUUCAUUGUAUGUCAGGCUGUCUAUCCCAUAGAGAUAGCUAGAAGACUCAUCUCUGUAUCUGUGCCAUUAUUGGCAUCUGUGACAGCAUGAGCAGCGCCAUUGAAGCAGCAGGGAAGGCCUGGUUGUAGCUAGAUAUGUUUGCGUCACAGUUUUCCUAACCUGCAACGUUAAUUCUCCUAACCUCCUAACGUAGCAGGUUCUCCUAACCUGCUACGAAAAGUCACUUCUGCUAUUCAAAACCGGCAGACCUGCCCUGAGAACAGUUUUGGUUUCCACUAAUGCGAUGUUCCGCCAUUGAGGCCAUCUCCAUUUUAAAGUAGUAUAUUUUCGUAUUAUUUUGUGUAAAAAAAAAAAAGUGUAAAGCUAAUAUUGGUGAUUUACUGCCACCUGUAGUGCUGGAGUCCUGAACCAAAUCUUGUGUGCCAUUAAUUUAUUGUGGCCAGUAGAUGGCGGUGAUAUAGCUUAAAGGCGUUUACAAACCAUACCACCUCAUUUGAAGAAGACAAUGCUCUGAUCAUUAGCUGAUUGCUCCCAACCCCAUAUGAAUCCCCACGCAGUUAACUUCUUUAAAAUGGUGGAAGCCCUCAAUGCCAAUAUCCAUGCUAAAAUGGGUUGUAUCCAAGAUGAGUGCUCUGACUAGCUCUAUGGUCUAUCCCCACAUGGAAAACUUUUCUUCCUCCGUCUCUCCCCCAGAGCCUCCAAGCUUCUCUCCCGCUGUGCCAGCCCCAACCCUGACUGCUCACAGCGGGACGGAGAGGUACAGAAGUCCCCUGGUGGGGUCGCCGCCCCGGAGGUUAAACCCAGGGUGCGUCGCUUUGUACCAGACAUCCAAGAGAUCCGGGUCAGGUGAGGGGUUCCAGAGAUUGGUUGAUUUGAUUUAUUGAUUGAUUGAUUGGUUGAUUGAUUUAUGGUUUAGUAAAUUUGGUGGAAUUGACCUCAUCAUAGUGCUUUUCACACUACUCGGCCAAAACGCUCCAAACUCUACUGAGAAUUUUUUAUUUAUUUUCUUUUUCUUUUAUAUUUUGUAGUCUAUUUUAUUAUUUUUUUUAUUUUUAAUUUUUUUUUUUUGUUUGUUUUUAAAAAAAAUUUUAGUCAUUUAGCAGACGCUCUUAUCCAGAGCGACUUACAGUUAGUGAAUACAUUUUUUUUUUUUAUACUGGCCCCCCGUGGGAAUCGAACCCACAACCCUGGCGUUGCAAACGCCAUGCUCUAUCAACUGAGCUACAUCCCUGCCGGCCAUUCCCUCCCCUACCCUGGACGACGCUGGGCCAAUUGUGCGCCGCCCAUGAGAUGACCUGGUUACCUAUCCACCAUAGUUGCUGCUCGCGUCCUGAAAACAACAAUGUGAAAAAUUAAAUAUCAGAUCCAGCAAAGUAGUUCGGGUCGGCAUGAUAGUGAAAAGUAAACAAGUGUAGUAAUCUUGAUCUUCCCACCAGCCCCAUCGUGUCAAAGAAGGGCUACCUGCAUUUCCUGGAGCCUAAUACCAACGGCUGGGUGAAGCGAUAUGUGGUGGUGAGACGGCCGUACGUCUACAUCUACAACACAGAGAGAGACAGCGUGGAGAGAGCCAUCCUCAACCUAUCCUCUGCCCAUGUCGAGUAUAGCGAGGACCAGCAGGCCAUGCUUAAGGUUGGUACCCUUUUACCUGCUGAUACACCUUUACACACCUUUACACACCUUUAUCUGACACCCAAACCUAGCACAUUUACACACCUUUACACACCUUUACACACCUUUACACACCUUUACACACCUUUAUCUGACACCCAAACCUAGCACCUUUACACACCUUUACACACCUUAACCUGACACCCAAACCUGACACCUUUACACACUUUUACACCCUGUUUCCUGACACCUUUACUUAAAAGCUGUACACAUCUUUACCCGACAACUUUACACACCUUCACCUGACACCUUUACACACCUUUACACACCUUUACACACCUUAACCUGACUCCUUUACACACCUUUACACACCUUAACCUGACUCCUUUACACACCUUUACACACCUUAACCUGACUCCUUUACACACCUUUAGCCGACACCUUUACACACCUUAACCUGACUCCUUUACACACCUUUACACACCUUAACCUGACUCCUUUACACACCUUUAGCCGACACCUUUACACACCUUAACCUGACUCCUUUACACACCUUUACACACCUUAACCUGACUCCUUUACACACCUUUACACACCUUAACCUGACUCCUUUACACACCUUUAGCCGACACCUUUACACACCUUAACCUGACUCCUUUACACACCUUUACACACCUUAACCUGACUCCUUUACACACCUUUACACACCUUAACCUGACUCCUUUUACCACACAAUGUUUGAGGAGUGUCCUCCAUCAACUGCUGUUUUCAGAUCUCACCAUAAGUUUUGGAUGUGAUUCAGAUCUGGACUCUUAACUGGCCAAUCCAGAACAGUCCAGCAUCUCUUCUUGAACCAUUCCUAGGUGUUUUUUUUUUUAUGUGUGUUUGGAGUCGUUUUCCUGCUGGAAGACCCACAACUGCCAAUGAAGACCCUGUUUUUGGACACUGGGUUAAACAUUGGACUCCAAAACACCUGAUAAUGUGCAGAUAUUGUGACGCCUUGCGCAUUUUUAAGGCCCCCAGUAGCAGAGGCAGCAAAGCCAUGUUAGAUUGUAGGUAGGGUGUUAUUAUCAUUGAACGCUUCAUUUGAUUGUCUGUAAACACAGCGCUGAUCUGUAUUGCAAAGUGCUCCAAUUUUUGUUUCGUUAGUCCACAAAACAUUUCCCCAAGGAUUUAGCCUCUGGUGCUGGGGGCCCUUGAACGUGUGCAAGACAUCAUGAAAUCAGUAGAUUAUAAAGUUGUUUUAGAGUCCAAUGUUUAACCCAGUGUCCAGAAACUGUGUGUCUGUUGAAGGUUGUGGAUCUGCUAGCAGGACAAACAAACCUAAACACAACAAUCAAAAGCACCCUGGAAUGGUUCAAGAAGAAAGGCUGGACUGUUCUGGAGUGGCCAAAUGAAGAGUUCAGAUCUGAAUCACAGCCAUGAGAUAUGGCAAGAGCUGAAAACAGCCGUUGGUUGAGAGCAUCCUUUAAACAUUGAAGAAUUGGAGCAAUUUGCUGCUGAAAAGUGAGGCAAUUUGCCAGUAGAAAUGUGCAGCAAGCUCAUUGAUGGCUACAAGAAGAACUCAUCUGCAGUUAUCUUGGCCAAAGGCUGUGCAACCAAGUACUAGCUCCGGGUGCCAAUCAUUUGUUUUUAUUUUCUAAAUUAAAAUUGUAAAAUUAAAUUUACAAAAAUAAAAUUGGUUCUGCAAUGUUGAAAAUCCAAUAACAACGUGUGGAGAACAAUUUUCUUUUUCAAUUUCGACUUAUUUGAAAAGAAAUAGGGAAUUAUUUAAGAAAAGUGCAAGGGUGCCAAUAUAUUUGGCCGCAACUAUAUGUACUGCAUUUGAAAAGAGGAUGGCAUGUUUUUCCCCUCCUCUCUCCUCUUCCUACUUCCCCCCCCCAAACGUAAGCAGCUCUGGGCAGCUGGCUGGUUUUAACAGUACUGUACCUCUGCUUGUUUCCCCCAACUGGGCAGCUGGCUGGUUUUAACAGUACUGUACCUCUGCUUGUUUCCCCAACAGACCCCAAACACGUUUGCUGUGUGUACGGAGCACCGUGGCAUACUGCUCCAAGCCAGCAACGACAAGGAGAUGCACGACUGGCUCUAUGCCUUUAACCCUCUCCUGGCUGGAUCCAUCAGGUAACACGGCUGAUACACAAACGUUUUUUUUAGUUUUUCCUUAAUAAAGAAUAAUAAUAAUGAAUUGAAUUUGUAUAGCACCUUUUUAAUAUAGCGUCUUUCUACCAACGAAGGUACUCAAAGUGCUUUACAUAGUACGAGGGAAACUCACCUCAUCCACCACCUUCACUCUUACUAGCAUUUGGUUUUUGCACAUAGCCGCUAUUUUGAAGAAUGUCAUCAUUGCAAUGAUUGUGAUCGUAUGUGUUUAAAAAAAAAAUCUACUUUAGUUUAAUGCACUGAUUGUAAGUUGCUCUGGAUAAGAGUGUCUGCUAAAUUAACAAAACGAUGUCAAAUGUAAUUGUAAACUUUAAAAUCCCAGUUGAAUUAUAACUUUAAAGGAGUACUCUUUUCAAAUACUUGUUUCGAUGUACCGCGUGUUGGCUUUCGCUAAGGACCGCCUAGUCUCGGAAGUACCAAUCAAAAAACGUCUGUUGGAGACAGACAGACAGAGCGGCGAAUGAGGUGAGACCCUAAGUUCCAUAAAAGGAGCCACUCUCCCGCCCUCUGGUUAUUCUCACUUCUCUUCCUCGCCAGAAGAGUGUCACUACUCUAGCUCUCCUCACAUCGACUGGAUACCUGUUGCCUGCUUACCUGCUCACAAGCGAACUGUGAAGGAUAUUGCUGCUGAGCGUAGGUCUUCAGACCCUGUUGAGAGGUUCAGUACUAACCAGAAUAUUUUUUUUUCCGAGUAGAAAUUCCCUUUUCUACUUCUCAGUCUCCGUUGGUCCGUUCAACCUGACCUCUUUUAUUGUUGGGUUUUCAGGCUGAGUUACUGGAGGAGGAGGGGGGGGGGAGCAACUGGACUCAGACACCCUAGACCCAGAUGCUUGGGAGGAGAUUGGACGGAGAUCUGAACCUCCCUGCCUCCCGUAGUGCCAUCCAAGGCUGUUGCCAUACCAUGAGCCAGAACGAGCACUUUGGCUGAGCUUAUCCAGCUUAACAAACAAAAAAGAAAGUGGUCCUCCUCGACGCCCCAGUGACACCCAAGGAGUUGUUCGGGCCCACUGUCGCCGCCAUGCGGAAGAAGUGUGAAAUGCGCAAAAAAGGAAAGCGAAGCCUUUAACUUCUGCCUGCCCCGCAGACAAGGGCCCCGUGGCAGCCCGUUGGUUCCUGCAUCUCGCCCCAGCGUCACAGCUUGGAGGGGGCAACAAGUUGGCCUUUGGGGACUGAGGUCCCCGGCGAAGCAGCAGUCUGCCAAGACUCAGGCCCCUGAACCAGGCCAAACCUGUAGGGAAGCAGUCUUUUACGCUGCAGCCGCGGCAAGGAUCCGCCCUUCUAUCCCUCCUAUGGGG